AAGGAGACUCACAAAUAAAUACGGAGAAGGCAGAGGGGAAGAAAGGAUGGAAAAGGAUGGAUGGAUGGAAGGAAUGCAAAGAAGGGAUAGAAGGAGGGAAGGAAGGUAGGAAGGAAAGCAAAGAGGGAAAGGAAAGGAGGAAGGCAGGCAGGCAGAAGGGAAGGAAAGAAGGAAGGCAAAGAGGGAAAGGAAGGAAAAAGAUGGAUGGAAGGAAGGAACGCAAAGAAGGGAUGAAAGGAAGGAGGGAAGGAAGGCAAAGGGGGAGGAAGGCAAAGAGGGAAAGGAAGGCAAAGAAGGGAUGGAAGGAAGAAGGGAAGGAAGGUGCAGAGGGGAAGGAAGGAAGGAAAAGGAUGGAUGGAUGGAAGGAAUGCAAAGAAGGGAUAGAAGGAGGGAAGGAAGGUAGGAAGGAAGGCAAAGAGGGAAAGGAAAGGAGGAAGGCAGGCAGGCAGAAGGGAAAGAAAAAAGGAAGGCAAAGAGGGAAAGGAAGGAAAAAGAUGGAUGGAUGGAAGGAAGGAAGGCAAGAAUGCAAAGAAGGGAGGGAAGGAAGGAGGGAAGGAAGGCAAAGAGGGAAAGGAAGGAAAAGGAUGGAUGGAAGGAAGGAACACAAAGAAGGGAUGAAAGGAAGGAGGGAGGAAGGCAGGCAGGCAGAGGGGAUGGAAGGAAGGAAGGCAACGAGGGAAAGGAAGGAAAAGGAUGGAUGGAAAGAAGGAAGGAAUGCAAAGAAGGGAUGGAAGGAAGGAGGGAAGGUAGGUAGGAAGGAAGGCAAAGGGGAAGGAAGGGAGGAAGGAAGGAAGGCAAAGGGGAAGGAAGGGAGGGAAGCAAAGAGGAAAAGAAUGGAAGGAAGGCAAAUGUUCCUCGAAGCCCCCAAUUUGGCACCGGCCUCUUUGGUGAGUUCCAAGCGAGCCCAGAGAGAAGCCAGCCCGAAGUCCCCUUCUUCCCCCCUCCCCUUUUCCCUGUGGGAUUUUCCUCGAGUCUUGCAGUGGGCUCGAGUCUGCCCCUAUACCUGUCGAAGAGUGAACACCUGCCAAGGGUUUUUCCCUCCCCCACCCCAGGUGAAAAGACAACGCAGGGCCCUGGAGAGCCCUCCGGCAGUUGUCGGCGCCGAUCGGAACGGGGAAAAUCGGUCCGUGGUUGCUUAGCAAAAAGAGCCCAGAUCCCUACGCGGAAUCUGGUUUUGACACUUUUUAAGCCUUAGAGAAAAACCAGCCAUCGUGCCACCUCUUCGGUUCCU